CGUGCUUCCAGGAUGAUGCUUCACGCUUCUCGUUGGUUGCAAGCGUCAUCAUCUGUCAUCGCUUCAGCAGCGAGAAACAAGUGUAAGAGCAUUGAGCACCAGUCAUCCUCCACCGACACACCAGCUCCAGAAGACGGAUUUCACCAUCAGAACAGAGCUUUUCAUCACUCCUCCGCUUCAUCUCAUGUUUGAUCCAUUUUAAAGCGAUUGCGGAGGAUAAAUUGUGAAUAUGGCAUCAAUCUGUGCGGUGGCACGCGUUUUUCUCUGUCUUAACAUCGUCAAAGUUUACUUCGUGAACUCGUCAGAACUGAACGGAGAUAUUCCUGCAACACAGCCGUCAUUCCACAGUCCUGCUCGAGACAUGAUGACUGUUACCAUGUACAGAGUUUAUGAUAAAUACAGCAAGAAGCAUCAUCAUCAACAACAACAACAGAACAUAAAUACAAUCCGAAGCUUUAGAGGAGUCCCAGAGAUCUCCCACCACAAGGUCGUGUUCCACUUCAACCUGACCUCUAUCCCUGAUUCAGAGGUCAUACUGAUGUCAACUCUACACUUUCUUGACCAACAAGCUCGUCAACGGCCUUGGGCCUGCCGGCGUUCCCGAGGCGCCUCCUGCCGUCUCCAGCACCUUCAGUCACUUACCAUCACACAUCUCAUCAUUAAGGGAACAUCGCCAAACGCUGCCGUCCCCUCGCAGCUGAGCAACAUCACAUUGUCUCCUAACAGAAAGGGGCUUUGGCAGAUUACAGACGUAUCAUCAGCUAUCAAACAAGCCCAUGUGAACGGCGAGCUCUCGAUUACCGUUGAGUUUGACUUUGGGCAUCAGAGACGUCCGGAUCGCUUGUCUCCUCACAGCCUGCCGUUCAUUCUUGUAUACGCCGAUGACAUUGCAAUAACAGAGCCCAACAGUGUUGCUGUGAGUCUACAGAGAUACAGUCCAUCUCCCGUGCACGAGGACACCAGAACCAAAGCACCUCCAUCUUCACUGAACUCUAGAAUCAGAAGGGAAGUAGAUCACCUGCAGAGUAACUACCUACCUGACAUCCAAUAUAAUGAUCUUAAGAGCAGGGAGAUAUGGGACAGUGCCUUUUUUGUAAAAAAGCCCAAAUCCUUGUCAAAAGGUCAGGAAAAUCACGGAGGACUGAGAGGGUCGAGGGAGCUCAGCUUUGAUGAGAAGACCAUGAAAAAAGCCAGACGCAAGCAGUGGAGUGAGCCACGAAUGUGUUCGCGCCGUUACCUGAGGGUGGACUUCGCCGACAUCGGUUGGAAUGAGUGGAUAUUGGCACCGAAAGCAUUUGAUGCCUACUACUGCGCAGGAACGUGCGGAUUCCCAAUCCCAAAGGUUGUUCAUCCGUCCAAUCACGCCACCAUCCAGAGUAUAGUGAGAGCCGUAGGGAUCAUCCCUGGAGUCCCAGAGCCGUGCUGCGUCCCGGACAAGAUGAGCUCUCUGGCUGUGCUUUUCCUGGACUCCAGCAGAAACAUGGUCGUGAAGGUCUUUCCCAGCAUGUCUGUGGAGACCUGCGCCUGUCGAUAACUAGCUAACGGACAUAAAUAAACACAACAAACACAGCUGAAGCACGUCAUGACACAAAUGAACUUUUAUCUCUGCAAAUAAGACCUCAACACCUCAAAUAAUAUAGGAUCUUUGCACACAAACAUUGUAUCCUCUUUCCGCUCUUUCUUUUUUGAAUGAAUUGUAUAUAAACCCUAUUGUAACAUAUAGUAAGCAGAACUGUUUUUGUUUUGAUAAUGGAUUUCUGUAAAUAAAUCCUGUAACACUUUGCAAUAAGGUUUCAUUUGUUAAUGCAUUAGGCAACAUGAGCUAUGAGCAAUAUAUAUUGUAUAAUAUAUCUUUAAUUAAAAAUACAGUUGUUUGUUCUCGUUAGCUCAUUAACUAAUGUAAACAGAUGACUUUUAAUUUUAAAACUAAAUGUAGAUAUUAACAAACAAAGUCAGUUACUUCAUGUCAACUAAAGUACUUAACUAAUGUUAACAAAUGAAACAUUUUUGUAAAGUGUUACCAUAAAUCCUUAUAAACCAGAGUUUUUAUUUGAUUUGUAGGCUUGUUAGCUAAAUUUAGGAUUUAAACACCUGGAAUCUUGAAUGGAAAGAAACUGCAGAUUAUUUUUGAUCAUUUGUGAGAAGACAGACAAUAUAAACGAAAUUCAGCAUAAUGCUGCCAUCUAGUGCUUUGUGAUUUUACAUCCAUAUUAAAGUUUUCCCCUGUGAGGCCUUGUAGAUUACAAUAGAUAAAAUGAUUAGCCAUAUCUAUAGAAAAGCAGUUAAAUUACAGAUUAAUUAUUAUUGCCAUAGAGCAAGUUUAAAAAAAUGUCAAAAAUGUGUGAUACUUUAUCAAAGAAGAGUUUUGUAUUUAAUAGCAAUUACAUGUCAAUUGUAAUUAUUUAUUUUCUCAAACUGUAUUGUUUACAACUUUUUAUGCAAACAUUUCUUUACCCAGAUUCUUAGAUUCGCUGUUUUUUUUUCUUCUGAAAUCCUGGAGGACUUUUUGUGAAUAAAGACCUAAUGAGUUGUAUUAGGAAUGUAGACUGCUUGC